CCACCACCACCUCCCCCACUACUCCCACCACCACCACCACCACCACCACCACCACUGGACCCUCCCCCCAUGCAAGAGCUAGAACUUUGGCCACCAGAACUUUGGCCGCCACCGCCACCACCACUGCUUCCACCACAAACUAUGAUGGUCUGGUGGCCAGAACUCUGGCCACCACCACCACCUCCACUUGAUCCUCCCCCUCCACCACCACCACCACCUCCACCUCCACUGGAUCCUCCUCCCAUGCAGCAGCCAGAACUCUGCCCCCCAGAACUCUGGCCCCCAGAACUCUGGCCCCCAGAACUCUGGCCUCCACCACUGCCUCCACCACAAAUUAUGAUGGUUUUUCCACCUGAUCCACCACUACUCCCACCUCCACUGGAUCCACCACCCAUGGAUUUCAUUCCUCCUGAUCCUCCACCUCCACCUCCUCCUCCUCCACCACCACCACCACCACUAGAUCCCCCACCAAUGAUCUUUACACCACCAGAUCCUCCUCCACCACCUGAUCCUCCUCCCAUACCAGAGCUAGAUCCUCCACUGCUUCCACCAGAAAUGAUCUUUACUCCACCGGAGCCACCUCCCCCUCCUCCACCACCACCACUAGAUCCCCCACAAAUGAUCUUUACACCACCAGAUCCUCCUCCACCACCUGAUCCUCCUCCCAUACCACUGCCAGAUCCUCCACUGCUUCCACCUGAAAUGAUCUUUACUCCACCAGAGCCACCUCCCCCUCCUCCUCCACCCCCACCCCCACCACCACCACUAGAUCCCCCACCAAUGAUCUUAGCACCACCUGAUCCACCUCCACCACCUGAGCCUCCUCCCAUACCACUGCCAGAUCCUCCACUGCUUCCACCUGAAAUGACCUUUACUCCACCGGAGCCACCUCCCCCUCCUCCUCCUCCUCCUCCACCACCACCACUAGAUCCCCCACAAAUGAUCUUAACACCACCUGAUCCUCCUCCACCACUUGAUCCUCCUCCCAUACCACUGCCACCUCCCCCUCCUCCUCCUCCACCACAACCACAACCACCACCACCCCCACCACCACCACUAGAUCCCCCAGCAAUUAUUUUCAUGCCACCUGAUCCACCCCCACUGCCCCCUCCACUGCAUGGCAUCUUUUGCUGCAUUCCACCCCCAGAUCCCCCACCAGACCCUCCUCCCAUACAGCAACCAGAAGACUGUCCACCACUGCCGCCGCCUCCAGAUGAUAUAAUGACUUGGCCAGAUCCACCGCCUGAGCCACCGCCUCCUCCUCCUCCUCCUCCACAGGAGCACUGUCCACCUCCACUGCUGCCACCUGAUGAGACAAUGAUGAUCUUUUGUCCUCCACUUCCACCACCGCCACUGCCUCCACAUCCACCACCGCCACUGCUUCCACCUCCACCGCAGCACGUGGAUCCUCGCGACUGUUGGCCAGAGGAGCCUCUGCUAGAAGAACAGCAACAGGAUGAUGAUGAUGAAGAUCUUCCUCCACUACUUCUACCACAGCAUGAACGGCCACCUCCGCCACCGCCACCGCCACCGCCGCCACCACAACAGCCACUGCUCUGCCUUUGCUGCCCACUCAUUUUUUCUAUGUUGAGUAGAAGAAGCUCUUUUCUUUUUUGGCCUCCUUUUGAUGGUUUGGUUCUGAAAAGUAAGAGAGAACAAAAUAAUCAUUACUGGUCCAACAUUGGCCUAAAUUUUGACUCAUUUUGA